CUACCUCCACCCCCUGUGCCUCCAAAAUCUGAAGCUGCUCAGUGGGUUCUUUGAAAAGUCUGAUCAAGAGGUGGACCAGUCGCUACCCUGAUGCUAAAACUGACCCCAUGAACGUGUGGGAUGACAUCAUUACAUCCCGGUGUUUUUUUCUGGAUAAGAUCUGGGAGAAGCUGUGCUCGUCUCCUGCUAACAGUAUGGAGGUGGAUGGAGCUGAGCAGGACAGUACAGCAGAAGAGUUGGGAGCACUGGUGAAGGACUGCAAGUUUAAUAUGAAACUGAACAUGGCAGAUAGCGCCUGGAAACAGAACAACUUCUCCGUGGCAGCAAAGCUGUUGAAAGAACUUCACAGGGAGGCGAAGGCUGAGAAAGGUUGGCUACAGCGCUGGGUGCACAGCUUCAGCCGUUUCAGCCAGCGGAGGAGCCAGAGCCAGGGGCCCGCUGAGCAGAUCCGCUCCCUGCUCAAGACUGUCCCACUGCUUGAGGAGUUUGAGGAGCAGAGUGAAGCUUCCACUAGCAAGGUGUUCAGAGACCAGAGGAUCCUACUGGGCACCACCUUUGACCUUUUGGCCAGCGCUGUGCACCGCAGUCCCUCUGCUCUGGAGAUCGUCGGAGAAGAGAGAGCACAGAGUUCUAGAACUUUCCAGGGCACCUUCCAGUGA